AUGAUGGGAGAGGAAUAUGAAAAGAUCCAUGUACACUCAGUUUACUCAUCAAUUUACGAACACUUCAAUCAUACUAGGUAUAAGCGGUGGCCUAGUGUUGACGAAUAUUUAAAUAGUUUAGAUGGUAAACUUGUUUUGGAUGUUGGUUGUGGAAAUGGGAAGUAUUUGAAACAUGAUAAGUGUUUCGUUAUUGGAGUUGAUAUUUGCAAGGAGUUAUUGGAGAUUUCUAGUAGAAAUUCUCCAAGUUCUGACCUGUGCUGGUCUGAUUGUCUCAAAAUGCCUUUUAAAGAUGAAUCUUUUGAUGUAUGUUUAAGUAUUGCUGUAAUACAUCAUCUUAGUACUUUUGAGCGCAGAUCUCAAGCAUUGGCUGAAAUGGCAAGGGUUACAAAGAAUAAUGGUGAAUUAUUGAUAUAUUUAUGGUCGAGGAACCAAAAUCAGAAUUUAGUUGGAGCCAGACAAUUUGACAAUAAAAGUUCUGAUGUACUGGUUCCUUGGAAAUUACAAGGAAGAUAUUCUUCAAGUGAAUGUCCCGAAACUCACAUGCGAUAUUAUCACCUUUUCACUAGAGAGGAAAUUGAAGAAUUAGUUCAGUCCAUAGACUCAUUUCAAAUCAUAUCCAUAACCCAAAUAUACAAUAAUUGGGCUGUACAUUUGAUAAAGAGGGGGUUACGCAAAAAUAAUUGUUAG